GGUUGAGGCAAUUGCCUGGCAGCAGCAACCAACAACAGAUAUUGUUACCCAUUUCAACUUGCUGAAUCUUUUAACCCGUCACAAUAUUUCGCACAUUGCAGGAUGCCUUGAACUGUUUAGCCGCUGCUGGGGCACACGUACCCUGGAACUACACCGUCAGUACACAGCCGGACUUCAGCUGUACCGUCGAUCUACAGGUUUUCAUUGCAUUUCAUAGAUCUGUUGAAAAUCAAUCGGCUCAAAAUGAUAUCCAACGACAUCGGACCCCAGCUGAGAUUCGGCCGUCUCCUUAUCAGUAAUCGUAUUUACUAUGAGAGUCGUCAUAUACUACAUUCAUCUCAGGAUGGCUAGACUAGGAAGAUCGGGCACCAGCCACUCUCCAAGAUAGCCCACGUCUGACCCCCACGAGUGCCAGCUGACCUCAACUCCUGUUAAUGCCUACAUACUUGAAAAUUCAAGCCCCCGUUCUCUUGCAGUUUAGGUACCCAUUUGCCAUCUUCUUGAGUCUCAGUGCAUAUAGAAUCCAACGCGGUUCACCAUCAAUCAACUUACUUUCCAGUUCGGAUCACCGUGGCUAAGCGUCUUGGCAAAGUACUGCGGCUACACGUGCCACUGAGGGUGCAUACACAUACACGAAUCGACAGCCUCAUGCACCCCUUUUGACAGCUAUCCCGCCUCGUAAAUAUCAAGACUUGUGACAGUCGCCCAAAAAACUUGAACUACUUUCCUCGAGUUUCAUCUUUAUCCCUUGGACUGUUGCGUGCCGAUAGCAACUCCAGAUUUUCAAAAGCACUAUCGCAGCCAGCUGGGGAGCUUUUGGCGGGGUCAACUGCUAGCCACCUUUUACCUCAAGCUCCAUUUACGGAGUACUUUCAUUCCCCUUUUUCGUCAAAUAAAAUCACCAGAAAGGAAAAUUAUUUUCCUCAUCCGAACGCCAUGGGGGACAUGGACUUGGGCAUCCCGAUGCCAACGGCAUCCUUGGAUGUUGUCUUUGCCGAGGCAACCCCAGAGCAGGCGAUCAUAUUCCGCAAGCUGAAUAGCGACUCUUGGUCCAAACCUUUAACGCUCGCCCAGUACAUGGAGGCUGGGGAGCUGCUUUCGCACACAGAACUUGCGAGAAAUGGUAGCAUCAAGUUCUGGGUUUUGCACAAGAAGUCAGAUCCCCUGGAAGUGGUUGCGGGUUGUGAGACUGUCAGGAAGACUGUUUUCAUUCGUGAGCCAAGACUUCCAGGAACCACCGAUGCUGAGAAGCCCGUUAGCAUCGAGGAAACAACGGCGUUUGGAGUUGCCAGUGUCUUUACCAAUCCCAACUAUCGUCGACUUGGUAUGGCAAACUUCUUGCUCAGAAAGCUCCAGGAAGUGAUGGACAAACAAUCUGCGGCCUGUUCGGUUCUCUACAGUGAUAUAGGCAAACUGUAUUACACGAACAUGGGCUGGAACGUCUUUCCCCACCAGGAAGCCAGUUUGACCUUGCUGAACGAGGGGAAGAAGCUGGACCCGGAGUCAUGUUGCACUAUCAAAACAAGAUGGCUUGCACUAGACGAAAUCAGACAGCUAUGUGACCUCGACAUUGCCGACCUCAAACAGCGACUGCAGAACUGCCCCGCGGACGGGAAGAUACACUUGGCUUUCUCACCUAACUUCGCGCAACUUGAGCAGCAAUUCGCGGCCGAAGAGACUUUUUUGAAGCUACACAUGAACACCGAGGUGGAGCGCCGAGGCGCAACGACACUUGACGGCAAGAGCUGGAUCACUUGGGUUCACAAGCACAAGAGACAGCGACUUGUGGUGCUUCGCAUCGUCACAACUUCUCCGGAAUCCGAGGCACGCAGAGUCGAACACAUUUGGGCACUACUUAACGCGGCGGUUGCCGAAGCGUCUCUAACAGGAUUAAAAUCCGUCAUCGUGUGGAACCCGGAUGAGGCUACAACAUCCGGAAUCAAGGCGACGAGCAAUGCGUACGAGAAUGACAUCAAGGUGGUGUUUACAGAGCGAGACGGCUCUAUCCCCAGCUUCAGGUGGCAAAAGGAUUUGAACACAUCCAACACUGUUUGGGACGACAAUUACUACUACUGUUGGUGCUGAGGAUCCUGCGUUUCUUAUUUCGGGGAGAAUGUUACUGGCGUUGGUAGUUUAUUAAGUUUUUCUUUUUUUAGCUGGACAAGGUCGGGCACAAUCUACGUCUUGGACAAUAAAUGUAUGGGAUCUCAAAUGGGUUGGGCUAUCUCUGGUAUCUGCGGCUGCAACAUUUAUUUCGCGAUUUUACGAAAUGCCAAACACUAUUUCCCC